UUGGAAUUACAGAAGCUUAAAGUAGUAUGAUGAAUAGACAAACAUGACGAUGACAGUUUUUAAGCUAACUGUUCUUUUAGCUUUUUGUGUUUCUUUUAAUCAGUGUAGAAUACAUCAGCUGAAAUUAGAGGAUGAUGAAAGGAAGAUUAUACAGAUGAGUACAUUUGGUUUUUUGAAGAAAGGAUUUUUAGAAGUCAGCAUUAGUUUCUUUCGUUACAAAGUGCCAGAAGGUGUUGCUAUGAAUAAAAAAGACAUGCUGUAUGGUUUUACACUGGACAAGAGUGGAAGUAGUGGUAUUUCUGCUUACCUGGAAAAUGCACAAGGGAAGAAUUGCUUGUUGAAAAAUCCAGCUGGUAUACUCAGCAAAGAAAACAACAAGAAUAAUAGUUUGUCUAUUAUCUUCUUUAAAAUAGAUUUUGAUCAAAUGGUAGUUACAAUACAAAGAAACGGCAGUGAUGUGAAGAAUUUGGAAAUUGUUUACGAAAACUUGACAGAGCCACAUUCUCCAAGUAAAAGACAUGUUCCACAUUCACCAUUUAGUGACCAGGUCCUCAUUGGAAAGAGGCAUAAAAGGGAGGAUUCAGCUGCUGCUUCUAGUGUGAAGGAAAAAGUGACUAAACCACCAAGUACCAGUGCAGUACCGACAACAACAACAUCAAAAACAGCUAAAGUGAAAACAGAAACCAGUGUAACAAAGAAACCAUCAGAACCAGUCAAAAUAAAAGCAGCCAGAGUUCUUAAGAAAAUUCCUAUAUCAAAAUUUGAUAAUAAUUCAGUUGAGGCAUACUCAAUUUAUUUUCGAGUAAACAUCAACAGAAAGGAAGAAGAAGGAUUAUAUAACCUGUAUUUCCAUAAUUGUCCAUCUUAUAAAGCAGCUUAUUCUGUUGACAUGACUCUAAAGAUAACUGAGAAAAAUGAUGCCACCUACCUGUCUGCUGGAGAAAUACCCCUGGCUCCAUUGUAUUUCUCUUUCUUUGUCCUGUAUUUAGCAGCUGGGUGUCUCUGGAUGAGUGUUCUAAAGAAAUCCAGUGAUGAUGUGUAUAAAAUCCACUAUUUGAUGUUUGCAGUUGUGAUAGUAAAAAGUUUUUCCAGUAUGUUUCAUGCAGUAAAUAUCUAUUACAUUGGUAAAGAAGGGAUUCACGAGGAAGCUUGGGCUGUGUUAUAUUAUAUUGUAUAUUUAACCAAAGGAUCCUUGAUGAUUAUUACAAUUAUAUUAGUUGGAGCAGGAUGGGCGUUUGUCAAACAUAUCCUGUCAGACAAGGAAAAGAAAUUGUUUCUGAUUAUCAUACCACUACAGGUAUUUGAUAACAUAGCUUACAUUAUCAUAGAAGAGAGUGAAGAAGGCCAGUUACAGUACCAUAUCUGGAAACAGCUAUUUAUCAUGAUCGACUUGUUAUGUUGUGGUGCUAUACUGUUCCCUGUUGUAUGGUCUAUCAGACAUCUGACAGAAGCAUCAAACACUGACGGCAAAGCUGCAAUAUGUCUCCUUAAACUAAAAUUAUUCAGACAGUUUUAUAUAAUGGUAGUUUGUUAUAUUUACUUUACAAGAAUUAUAGUCUAUUUAAUCAGUAUUACAGUCCCUUUCCAGUAUGAAUGGCUAGAUCAACUGUUUAAAGAAUUAGCCACAAUAACAUUCUUCAUAGUAACUGGGUAUAAGUUCAGACCAGCUAAUGACAAUCCAUACCUUCAGGUUCCUCAAGACAGUGACGAAGAAGUUGAAAUGGAAGAAGUGGUAACACAGUCAGGGACGUAUGACAAUAUCACCAUUAAAGAUAUAUUAUUAUGUUGCAGGGUAACACAGUCAGGGGCGUAUGAUAAUAUUACCAGAGUGAAUCAGAAGUUUGAAGAAGGGGGGACAACUCCAAAACAAAGGGAGAGUAGUCAUGAAUAUGAUUGAUUUGUGAUGGAUUAUUUGUUAUCAUGGAAUAUAAUGGUGUGUAUUGUACAUCUUGUUUGCUGCUCAGAAUUAUAUGUAAAUUUAUUAUGUAUUCAUUCUACUGAUCAGAGGGAACAAGUUAAAGCAACACUGAAAAUAAAAUGCUGACUAAAUAACAGUCACACAAAGGAAACAAAUAUAAAUAACUUUCAAAUUAGCAUCCUUUACAGUAAACAUGUAAAAAAAUUGUAAACAAUCGAUACCAAUAUUUUGUUUACCAAUUUCUUUUUGUUCAGAUCUAUUUCUUAUUAAUAACACUGUUGUAGAUAUGUAUGGCAAUCACUUUUUUAUGCCUGCAUUAUAUAAAUAUUUCUUUCUUUAAAGUUACCUUUUUAGUCCCUUACUGACAAUUUAGAGUUAUGGUCCUUGGACUUAGAAAAUUCACUUAUAUAAUCAGUUUUCCACACUUUUUUUCGUCAUACUUGAAGAUAUUGACUUGAUAUUUGUUAUAUACCGUAGUUUAACCAUGACAAGUAAUAGAUCAAGUUAGCAUUUUGUUCCAGUACAAUGAAUUUUUAACUGGUAGGGGCUGUGUAUUGCCAUACAAUACUCUCAGAAUGCUUGUUGUUAUUGUUUUGAUAAUUCACUGUGAGUUGUCCCUAUAAAUAUUCAACAAAAACAUGAAUGCUAGAUUUGUUGAGGAGACGAGUAAUGUCAGCCAGUUACAUCAGCUAUGAGCAGAACUCACAUUGUGUUGCAAGAACAAGGACAAUGCUUUUAAGAGUGACUCAUAAUUGAAUAAGUUUUUAUACUGUUUAAAACUUAAGAAAGAGUUAAAACAAAUUAUUUUUAGGAUGGCUUGCUGAUGAUAAUACUGAAUUGGUAUAUCAAUACAUUUUUUGUAGUAUGGACAUAAGUAAUCAACUAUUUUUUUUUUUGGUAAACCUUUAUAUCUUUUGUCAGUAUUUCCUGUCUGUGAUUAUUAUUGGAAUCCUCUCCUCUAUAGUAUUAUAAAGUUUAGGAUUUCUGUGAUUAUUAUUGGAAUCCUCUCCUCUAUAGUAUUAUAAAGUUUAGGAUUUCUGUGAUUAUUAUUGGAAUCCUCUCCUCUAUAGUAUUAUAAAGUUUAGGAUUUCUGUGAUUAUUAUUGAAAUCAUCUCCUCUAUAGUAUUAUAAAGUUUAGGAUUUCUGUGAUUAUUAUUGGAAUCCUCUCCUCUGUAGUAUUAUAAAGUUUAGGAUUUCUGUGAUUAUAAUUGGGAUCCUCUCCUCAAUUGUAUUAUAAAGUUAAGGAUUUCUGUGAUUAUUAUUGGAAUCAUCUCCUCUAUAGUAUUAUAAAGUUUAGGAUUUCUGUGAUUAUUAUUGGAAUCCUCUCCUCUAUAGUAUUAUAAAGUUUAGGGUUUCUGUGAUUAUAAUUGGGAUCCUCUCCUCAAUUGUAUUAUAAAGUUUAGGAUUUCUGUGAUUAUUAUUGGAAUCCUCUCCUCUGUAGUAUUAUAAAGUUUAGGAUUUCUGUGAUUAUUAUUGGAAUCCUCUCCUCUAUAGUAUUAUAAAGUUUAGGAUUUCUGUGAUUAUUAUUGGAAUCCUCUCCUCUGUAGUAUUAUAAAGUUUAGGAUUUCUGUGAUUAUUAUUGGAAUCCUCUCCUCUAUAGUAUUAUAAAGUUAAGGAUUUCUGCUGCUUUGUUUAACGAAGAAUUAUUAUCCCAUUUUUGAGACCUUUAUUAUGUAGUCAAUUCUUAAAGAGGUACACUUUAAGCUCUCUUCCAUGAAUACUUUCUAAGAUGAUAAUUUAAAUGUAUAUCUACCAUCAAUCAUGGGUAAAUUUAUAAAUGACUGGUGUAUGAGUUAUAUUAAGUCAAAAUUUUAUUAAUGACUGGUGUAUACAUUGUACAGACAUUGAUUCUGAUAUAAAUAAUUUCACCUUCCUGUUCAUUUCAUCUAAAUUUUGUAAUUAUAUUGUUGUAAUAACUUUGUAUUUUUUGAAAACACAAUAGAUUGUGUAUAUCAUUGUGUGUUUACUCAGCUUUAAUCUCUUUUGAAAAUGAUUAGGUUGCAUAUGAAAUACAUCAGAGUAGAAUUUUUAUCUAUAGGUCUGCAACUUUUGAAAAUUCCUACUUUCAAACUUGGAGACAUCGUGGUCAAUUUACAUUAAUUUUACAUUGACGGGACUAAAAAAUUUGCUUAAGGUAGUAUUUAAUGAAUCAGUCUACUUUGACUCAUCAGAGGUAAUAAUGCAUUGAUUAAACGGAAAUUUUACCUUGACGGAGAAAUUCAUUUGACUCAUCCGAGUUUUCGACACAACUAGGUUCAACUGUAUACUAUUCAUAGAAUUGUAAGAAAAUCAAGAUUACAAAGUAAGUUGUAUGUGGAUAAAUCUUGCUGUUGUUUCUUCUGCUUGUAUAGCCUGCUCACUAGGGACUUUGACCAGAGUAAAACAUACUAGUCCAUUAUUUAUUUCAUCAUAGAUUUAUAGAUUUUCAAGUGGGAAACUAUGUUUUUUGUCUCUCCUGUGACGAAGGUAGCAGUACUUCGUCGCAGUAUGAGAUACAUCAGUAUUACUAUCCAGCGGCGGCUGCGGGGGGCGUAAACUAUUUGUUUAAAGCUUUAUAUUUCAGAAGUUAGAAGACCUAAAUGCUUCAUAUCUUGUAUGCAGAUACCUUGUGUUACAAAGUUUCUGUUUGUCAUAUGUCCAAUGUCCUUGAGCUCAAUAAUUUUCAUGGUUCAGCAACUGCUUGAACAAAAAUUUGAGUUUUUAGUCAUGUGAAUUCUCACUAAAUAUGAGUAAUAGGAUAACCGUAUUUGGUAUAUGGGUUCUUUACAAUGUCUACAUGUCCGUCAGACAGGGUUCACCUGACCUCGACCUCAUUUCAUGGAUCAGUGAUCAAGCUUAAAGUUACAUGAUUAGGUAUGUUACUCAAAUACUAUAAACAGUUGGUCAACUAUAUGUGGUGUAUGAAAUGACUGUAAUGGGUACAUGCCAGUCUGGCAGGUUUAAUCUGACCUUGACCUCAUUUUCAUGGUUCAUUGGUUAACAUUAAGUUUUUAUACGACCGCAAAAAAAUUUUGCAGUCGUAUAUUGGUAUGACAUUGGCGUGGGCAUCGUCGUCCGAAGGCACAUUGGUUUUCGCACUCUCACUUUAGUUUAAGUGAAUGGAUCUCUAUGAAAUUUUACCAUAAGGUUCAAUACCACAAAAGGAAGGUUGGGAUUGAUUUUGGGGAUUAUGGUACCAACAGUUAAGGAAUUAGGGCCCAAAAAGGGGCCAAAAAUAAGCAUUUUUGUAACUUCCAGACAUAACUUGUGUGUUAGUGUAUGGAUCUCUCUGAAAUUGUACUGCAAGGUACCAUACCACAAAGGGAAUGCUGGGAUUGAUUUUGGGGGUAAUUGCCUCAAAAUUUUAGGAAUUAGGGGCCAAAAAAAGGGCAAAAAACAAGUAUUUUUCUAGUUUCAUGACAAUAACUUGUGUGUAAGUGUAUGGAUCUUUCUGAAAUUGUACUACAAGGUUCCAUAUCACAAAGGGAAAGCCGGGUUUGAGGUUGGGGGUAAUUGCUCUAAACGUUUAGGAAUUUGGGGCCAAAAAGGGGCCAAAAAACAAGCAUUUUUCUAGUUUCCAGACAAUAACUUGUGUUCAAGUGUAUGGAUCUCUCUGAAAUUGUACUGCAGGUACCAUACCACAAAGGGAAGGCUGGGAUUGAGUUUGGGGGUGAUGAAU